AUGUCGGUUGUUACAGCAGCUCCUCUCCUGGCUCUGCUGAACGAAAACGAUAAUGUUGCAAAGUCCUAUGCUUUAGAGGCAAUUAACGAAGUUGUUGAUCAACUGUGGUCCGAAAUUUCCAAUGAAAUUACUCAGAUAGAGGCUCUAUAUGAUGACAAUUCCUUUCAAGAUCGUAAGCUUGCGGCUCUCGUGGCUUCGAAGGUAUACUAUAACUUGGGAGAGUACGAAUCUGCUGUGAAGUUCGCGCUUGCCGCUGACAACUACUUCAACCUGGAUGAAAAGUCACAGUUUGUGGAAACUAUAGUGUCCCAGAGUAUCGACAUGUAUAUUAAGUCAUCAGCAAAAAACUAUGAGAGUUCAGGUUCCGAGGUCAAGAUUGACCCCCAAUUGUCAUCGGUAUUCGAAAGAAUGCUAGAGAAAUGUGUCGAAUGCGGGGACUUCAAGCUAGCUCUUGGUAUUGCACUAGAAAGCUACAGACUUGAUGUCGUUGAAAGGAUCUUGAAGGCAAGAGUGGAGCAAGACUCCGACGCCAAUGCUCUCAAGCUCAUUACUUAUGUUCUAACCGCUGCAUCUACUACGGUCACCAGCACGCCCUUUAGAACAAGUAUCCUUCACUCUUUGUUUAAUAUUUUGAUGUCCACGAAGAGCCCAGAAUACUUCACUGUCUCUAAAAUCAUUGUGAACCUGAAUGACUUAAACUUGGCUUUGGGCCUAUUCAAGAAACUGGCGCAAGAAGAAGCAGCAGAAAUAUCUUACCAAAUUGCAUAUGACCUUGUUUCUUCUGCCACUCAAGGUUUACUGGAGGGGCUACACUCUUCGCUCGCUGCGGAAGGAGCCGACGAGAAGCUAUUAGACAUACUUUCUGGAAUACCGACCUGCGACUACAAUAACACGUUUUUGUUUAGGAACAAAAACAUCGACAUGGGUUUAUUGAACAAGUCUAAAUCCUCGAUGGAUGGAAAGUUUUCAUUGUUUCACACCGCAGUUAGUGUGGCAAAUGGUUUUAUGCAUGCAGGUACCACAGACGAUUCAUUCAUUAGAUCCAACCUCCCCUGGUUAGGCAAGGCACAGAACUGGGCAAAGUUCACUGCCACUGCUUCUCUGGGUGUCAUCCACAAGGGUAAUCUAUCUGAUGGUAAGAAAAUCAUGGAGCCAUAUUUGCCAGGAAGUCGCGCGGCUUCCCGCUACAUCAAGGGAGGCUCGCUAUAUGGGCUGGGUUUGAUUUACGCUGGCUAUGGCAGGGAAAUCAUAGACUACAUGAAGUCACAUGUCAUCGAAAACAGCUCUUCAGUAGGAGACGAGGAUGUCGAUGUGUUGCUACAUGGUGCUUCUUUGGGCAUAGGGUUAGCUGGAAUGGGUUCUGCCAACAGUGAGUUGUACGAAGCAUUGAAAGAGGUCUUGUACAAUGACUCUGCUAAUUCUGGUGAGGCUUCGGCACUUGGUAUGGGGUUGAUAAUGCUUGGUAGCGGCGACGAAAACGCUGUUCAAGACAUGUUCACUUACGCACAAGAAACUCAGCACGGUAACAUCACCCGUGGGUUAGCUGUGGGCCUGGCGGUUAUCAACUAUGGCAGAAAAGAGCUCGCUGACAGCUUAAUAGAGAAGAUGCUGCUGCAUGAGAACGCACUUCUCAGAUACGGUGGUGCUUACACCAUAGCCCUCGCCUACGCUGGUACGGGUGAUAACAAGGCUAUCAAAAAGCUGCUGCACAUAGCAGUCUCAGACUCCGACGAUGACGUUAGAAGAGCUGCUGUUAUAGCUUUAGGGUUUGUCUUGAUACGCGAUUACACCACUGUUCCUAGAAUUGUGGAAUUACUAGCUGAGUCGCACAACGCCCACGUUCGUUGCGGAACUGCCUUUGCUCUUGGUAUUUCCUGUGUCGGAAGGGGCUUACAAGCAGCCGUCGAUGUUUUGAUGCCCUUGACUAAAGAUCCUGUUGACUUUGUGCGUCAAGCUGCUAUGAUUGCCUUGUCUCUCAUUCUGAUGCAACAAACUGAAAAAACGAAUAGCAAGGUUAAGGACAUCAAUGACCUUUUCCUCAAUGUUGUUUCAAACAAGCACCAGGAAGGUCUAGCCAAGUUUGGAGCUUGCGUUGCGCAAGGUAUCAUGAAUGCGGGUGGUCGCAACGUCACAAUCCAACUGGAAAACGUUGACAUGGGUACCCUCGAUACUAAGGCUGUUAUUGGAUUGGCAAUGUUCUCACAAUUCUGGUACUGGUUCCCUCUAGCUCAUUUCCUGUCUCUUUCUUUCACGCCUACUAGCAUCAUUGCCGUGCGUGGCCAGGACUUGAGCAUCCCUGCUUUUAAGUUCAACUGCCAUACAAGGCCAGACGUGUUUGAAUAUCCCCCAAUGUACGAAGAAAACACGGAUAAAAACGUCGAAAAAGUGGCUACUGCUGUCUUGUCAACUACUGCUAAGGCAAAAGCAAGAGCAAAGAAGACAAAGAAGGACGGCAAGGAUACCGUUGAGGAGAAGCCAAGGAGAGAAUCAAAAUCAGAGUUGAAGCCUGAAACAAAAGAAGAAGAAAAGAAGCUUGAACCUGAUCAGAAAGACGAUGCUCCUUUCAAGAUCAAAUAUACUAACAAGCCAUACCAAAUCGAAAACGCAUCUCGUGUGGUCCCCCAACAACUCAAGUACAUUGCCUUCUCUAAGGAAGACCGGUUUGUUCCUGUACGGAAAUUCAAGGGUAGCAACGGUGUCAUAGUUGUAUUUGAUAAAACCCCAGAUGAACCAGCUGAGCUUAUCAAAACAACGAAGCAAAAGAAGGACGUUGACGCGCCUUUACCAACACCUUUCAAGGUUGAGGAUGAGUUAGAGUUUUCAAAGCUGUAG